GUGUGUGAGUGAGUCUAGGAGGGAAUAUAAGGAGGGUGAGCCUCAACCAAAUCCCACAGCUCCACGCAAGGAAAACUAAAAUCCAGAGUCAAGUCUAAAUGUCUCCUACUCAGUGAAAUAUGAAUCUUGGGGAAGGAUGCAGGACGAAGGAUACGCCAGUUGCUGCUCCUUAUUGGAGGAAGAGGAGGCCAAUCAAGCCGGCCAGGCGCGGGCAGUAACUGCCCCUGUGGAGCGAUUGUCCUAUAGUGGUGGGAAAUUCAAAAACGGGGCAGUCGGACUGUGCAAUAUCGGGGUAAACAACUGUCUGAACCCGCUGCUACAAACUCUAUACAUGAACCAGCACUUUACAGACUUACUCUGUGGGAUUGGGCACCCAAAUGACAAUGUCCCCGCAGAGAGGAGGCUGCCAUACGAGCUGCUGGCCCUGUUCGAGGAGAUGCAGAAUAGCAAGGAGGACGCCGUUGCCCCCUACAGAUUCCUACGCUGCUUACAGAUUCUUGAUACAAGAUUGUGUGAACAACACGACGCUGCCGACUUUCUGUUUAUGAUGUGGAAUUUACUUCUUCAACAGAUGCCCCUCCCACACCUGGCACAGAGGCUGAGGGCACUUUAUGGCAUCAAACUUAAAGAACACGUGACGUGCCACAAAUGCUCCCAUGAAAAGUCCAGUGACAUGGAAGUCCUGACAAUUCCGUUGCCAGUUCCCCACUCCAAAUACCAAAGGCCUUUGCCCCUGCAACGAGCGCUCUGGAGGUUCUUUAAGCCGCACGAGAUAAGUGAAGACAAUUUCUGUCCGAAAUGUGCCGAAAACACCGCAGGACAGAGGGUUCUCCAGUUCUUCUCUCUACCUCAGACGCUGUCCAUACAUCUGAAACGUAUUAGCAGAAGAAAGACCUCCGACGUACAGAAGAUAAACAGAACGUUCUCUUUCCCUUGCACGCUGGACUUGAGUGAUGUUCUGGAUCAGGAGCAGUUCCCGGUACAAGAACAUGCUCAGUCAGACUUCAAGUAUAGACUUUUUGCUGUCAUCGCCCACUCUGGAACGGCCAGCUUUGGCCACUAUUGUGCCUACAUCAAUAGCUCAAAGGACCAGACGUGGUACAGCUUUAAUGACUCCAGCGUUUGCAAGGUAUCCUGGGAUGAUGUGAAAUGCACCUAUGGAAACAUGGACUUUCACUUCAGUGCUACAGCCUGUCUGCUGGUCUAUCUACAGGGAGAUGGGAACUAGAGACGCCAACGCCGCAGGACGACGGACACAGUCCAUAUUAUUUCAAUACACGUGGAACCCACCCGGUAUGACCCUGGGUUCUGGGAGACUUCAUUACGCUGCUAAUAACCAUUAUAUUUAUGGGACAUAAAUGUGAGGAACGCCACCAGCUUGCACAAUCAAACCAUCAACCAGUCAGAUGUUUUCAAAGACAAGACUAGGAAAUGGCAACUUCUGAUUGGUCGUUCUGGGUUACUGAGAGUGGAGCUAAGUUGUUUGAGAUCGCUCUUGGGGAGCGAAAUCACUUGAAUGAUACAAAAGGGUAAAACGACAAGGAAACAACUCUAGAGGACCCCUACAACCAUCUUUCCCAACAACUCUAGAGGAACCUUGCCUACGACCAUCCUUCCCAACAGCUCUAGAGGACCCCUGGUUACAACCAUCUCUCCCAACAACUCUAGAGGACCCCUGGUUACAACCAUCUCUCCCAACAACUCUAGAGGACCCCUGGUUAAAACCAUCUCUCCCAACAACUCUAGAGGCCCCCUGGGUACAACCAUCUCUCCCAACAACUCUAGAGGACCCCUGGUUACAACCAUCUUUCCCAACAACUCUAGAGGACCCCUGGUUACAACCAUCUCUCCCAACAACUCUAGAGGCCCCCUGGGUACAACCAUCUCUCCCAACAACUCUAGAGGACCCCUGGUUACAACCAUCUUUCCCAACAACUCUAGAGGACCCCUGGUUAAAACCAUCUCUCCCAACAACUCUAGAGGCCCCCUGGGUACAACCAUCUCUCCCAACAACUCUAGAGGACCCCUGGUUAAAACCAUCUCUCCCAACAACUCUAGAGGGCCCCUGGUUACAACCAUCUCUCCCAACAACUCUAGAGGACCCCUGGUUACAACCAUCUCUCCCAACAACUCUAGAGGACCCCUGGUUACAACCAUCUCUCCCAACAACUCUAGAGGACCCCUGGGUACAACCAUCUUUCCCAACUUGUUAGGCAUAUUGUGUGUGCCAGUGGCACUGCACAUGAUCAGUGGGUUCUGCUGUUGAGAAGCUAAACUUGGGGGCCGUUUGCAGGUUUAACACUUUACCAGGUUUCCUGAAUGGAAGCAGUAGUUACAGUUUUAUUUAUUUUCAUUAAUAUCACUCAGUUUCUAUGAAAAUAUUUAGUUAGACAAUAAUAUGAUUUGUAACCUUUUAUCAUUGUGUUGUGUGCAAGAUUUAUAGUUUCUAGCGCUCCUGGUUAAUACAUGCAUACAUAGUUAGCCAAUCAGGAGCCUGCAUGUCUGAGCUCCAUGUGAAGCUUUGGCACGAAUGUCCCCACCCCCGAGGAUCCAGAGCUUUUUUUUACUUUAUCCUGCAUUGAAUAUAAGAAAUUUGAUUUAUUUGUUUUAUUUAACUCACAUUUAGCCCCCAUCCUAUACACAACCAUGGAAUCUUGGGAGACUGCAAGCAUAUUAUUUGCUGUUUAUUUAUAAUGAGACUUCUGUGUCUCUAAAAGACCGUGAAUAAGCAAAAUAAUGUGCAAUCCUAAUAAAAACAAUGUUUUUGUCA